UGCGUUUCCCGCCCUUUUUUUCCUUUUAACUUUCCCUCCUGUUCAUUUUUGUGUCUACUGCUUCAUCUUGCUUCUCUCCCUCUCUCAUAGUUUUUAAACUUCGUCCUGCUACUUGUUCUGCAUCCAUACGUCCGUCAACCACAAGCGUCCGUCCAGUAUGGUCGCCCAAGCUGCCGCCCCCGGGCAAUUCCAGAGGGCUGAUUCCCAACCCGAAAACCCUUACUCGGCCCUCAUCACCGAUCAAUCGUUCGUCAUCAUUCCUUCUUUCACCCUUGAGUCUGGUGUUACCUUGCACAACGUUCCCGUGGCCUACACGACGAGAGGUCAACUCUCCCCCGAACGUGACAAUGCAUUGGUGAUCUGUCAUGCUCUCAGUGGUAGUGCGGAUGUCGCGGACUGGUGGGGUCCCCUGCUUGGUGGUCCCGGUCAAGCUUUCGAUACAUCGCGCUUCUUCGUCGUCUGCUUGAACAGUCUGGGUAGUCCGUACGGAAGUGCUAGCGCUGUGACCUACAAGGAUGGCGAUCCAUCCAAGGGCUUGUACGGUCCUGAGUUCCCUCUCACCACCGUCCGUGAUGAUGUAAAGAUUCACAAGAUGGUACUGGAUGACAUGGGCAUCCGUCAAAUUGCAGCCGUGGUGGGUGGCUCCAUGGGUGGUAUGCUUACUCUUGAGUACGCCUACUUUGGCAAGGACUAUGUUCGCGCAAUCGUUCCGAUCGCCACCUCUCCUCGUCAUUCGGCGUGGUGUAUCAGCUGGGGUGAAGCCCAACGGCAAAGCAUCUACAGUGAUCCCAAGUAUGAGGAUGGCUACUACCCGUUUGACGAUCCCCCGGCCACCGGUCUGGGUGCGGCGCGCAUGUCCGCCCUCCUCACCUACCGUAGCCGCAACUCUUUCGAGUCUCGCUUUGGCAGAAACGUGCCCGAUCCCUCCAAGCGGCAGACCAUCAAUGGUCAGGAAAGGUCGCCCACUCCCCCGAACGAGCACUGGGCUAUCCACAACGAUGGACACAAGAGUGGGCGCAGCUCGCCCGGGCCGCAGUCCGACGUCCAACACUCUGAAGUUCAGUUCCAAGACCCUCAGUUCUCCGGUGCCAAAACCUUCAGCAAGACCAUCGAGACCAACGGUUCCCAGAAGCGGCUCCCCACCUACUUCUCUGCUCAGUCGUACCUUCGGUACCAGGGCGAGAAGUUCGUGAAGCGUUUCGAUGCCAACUGCUACAUCGCCAUCACCCGCAAGUUGGACACGCACGAUGUGUCCCGACACCGGGCCAGUCCUUCCGCGGAGAACCCCGUCCGUGAAGCCCUGUCUCAGAUUGAGCAGCCAGCUCUGGUUCUAGGUAUCGAAUCCGAUGGACUGUUCACUUUUGAUGAACAGAAGGAGAUCGCUGCCGGCAUUCCGGACUCCCGCCUGAAGCGGAUCGAGAGUCCCGAAGGUCACGAUGCCUUCCUCCUCCAGUUCGAACAGGUCAACCGCUACAUCCUCGAGUUCUUCCGCGAAGUGCUGCCAGAUAUCAUGUCCAAGGCACCCGCCGAAGGAGUCGAGGCUGUGGACGGAGUCAACAAGCUAACCAAGAGCAGCACCUUCGGCGAAGCGGAAGUGGAAGAUAUCACCGCGUGGUAAACUGACCCCCAGAGUCCUAUUAGAUUUGGCGCAUUAGUUGCAGCCUUUUAUACUGCCUGAUGUACCGCGUGGGCAUGCCCCGGCCUUUCUC